AUGCAUUCCUUUAUUCGCCCAAACCAGUUCGUGGCUGUCCGGCUACCGUCCGACCAGACCAGAAUUGUCAAGAUUGUCCCCGAUACAAUCGUGAGCUUGGGCAAAUAUGGUAAUUUUGCUGCCAAUCAGAUUAUCGGACGGCCACUCUACUUCACCUUCGAAAUCCUUGACUCGCGCGACGAGACUGGCUACCAACUGCGUGUCGUGACGGCCACCGAGUUGCAUGCGGAGACUCUACUCACAGAAGGCGAGGGCGAAGGAGACGACAUCGAGACUGGCGAAGAUGGAAUACCGAUGCGGACCAAUCGCGAGACUAUCGACGAGCGAACUACACAGAAAUUGACCGUGGAGGAGAUUGAAGAACUGAAGAAAGAGGCUGGUGGCGCAGGUAGAGAGAUUGUCGCAAAGCUCCUAGAGUCGCAUACUGCUCUGGACCAGAAGACCGCAUUCUCGCUGGCGAAGUACACUUUGCGCAAGCGCAAGAAGUACAUGAAGCGAUUCACCGUCUAUCCGCUGGAUGUUAGCCUCCUUGCAAACUUCUUGCUGCAAGAGCGCGAUGCGUCAAAGACCAUGGAGCUUCGAGACGAGCACAUUGGCUUGAUUGGAUGCUGGGGCAAUGUACACCACAGCGGAAACGUUGAAGUUGAACCAGGCAUGAAACCCCAUGGUCGUUACUUCCUCGUCGAUGAGACAGGUGGGCUUGUAGUAGCUGCAAUGGCGGAGCGAAUGGGAAUUCUAUAUCCUCACGAUGCCGAGGAAGAUCUGGAAUAUGAACAAGAGCCUGUUCCUUCCUCAAUUGAGAACACUGGAGAAUCACACGAUGACACUGCCCCUAAACAGCGGCGCAUUCGACCGCAACCAAUGUCUGCCACAACCAACACAAUCACCGUGGUCCACGCCUACUCACAACCGAACCUGUCACUCUUGAAAUAUUUCGGCUACGACACCAACAAUCCCGAUGAAUCCCACCCACUCCACACACAUCUUAAAACUAUCUCCUGGAUGCAGUUGGUUGACCCUAACUCCGAUCCACUCUACUCCAACGAACCACCCACAUUGCCCGCCGAAGAACUGGCCGAGUUGAAACAAAGCAAACGUACAUCAUACUACCACAAGCGCAACCGAUGGGAGAGAGUGAAAAGUGUGGUAGACGAGUCCCGCGCAGGAGACUUUGACGGUCUCGUCGUAUCAAGUUUGCUAGAACCAGCCAGUAUCCUGAAGACACUGGUGCCCCUUCUUGCAGGAUCAGCCCCAAUCGCCAUCUAUUCACCAACAGUCGAGUCGUUAGUGCAAUUGACGGACAUGUACUCCACUGCCCGAAGGACCGCCUUCAUCCACCGCAAGCGCGAAAUGGAAGAGAACACUCCCGAAGGAGAGACCCCUGAUCUCUCUUCACUCUACGAAGAAUUCGUAGUUGACCCGACCCUCAUUCUCCCGCCUACAUUGCAGUCAUCGCGUGUACGCCCUUGGCAAGUCCUGCCAGGCCGAACCCACCCCCUCAUGAUGGGACGUGGUGGUGCAGAGGGAUAUCUCUUCCACGGCAUUCGAGUGUUCCCAACUGCGCAAAAUAUCCAGGCUGCUGGCAAUAUUCGCAAACGCCGAAAGCUGGACUCGGGCCCGGCAUCCACCCCGAUUAGUGAUCGGGAUGUGGAGAUGACGUCCUUGUCUUCAUGA